AUAUCGAUUUCAGCUGGGUGCUGGCUACGCCAUAUUGGCGCUGGAAAACCGUACGCUAGCGCUUUCCGUGUGGAAAUCGAGGAAAAUUCGGUAGUCGACAAACCAGUUCAACACAGCAUUAUGUGCUGGUUAUUUUGAGUAAACCGUUGCUGUUUUAACAGGUGCUGGUUCUGCUGAAAUCGAAAAAUGGCACCUUCAAUUAUCAACCUCUUCAAGAGGGAUGUUGGGGAAGAGCCUGCAAAUAUCACUCUUACCACAACCCCAACGGAAGCUCCGAAGGUCAAUCCGAUUGAAGUAGCUCCCACAACUACUACAACAACUACUACUGUUACUAUACCAACGACAACAAUUUUGGAAACAACCACAGCUGCAGCAAAGAACGAAACCAGCCUGUUGAAGAAAACCGAAAAUGUCAUUUUAUCAGGAGCAGAUUUUGUUGGCGAAAAGACGGGAUUGGACACUUGGAUGGUUGUUUCAAUAGGAAUAGCUGUAUGUGCCAUUAUUCUUGGGAUCUGCUUCUGCUGCAUAAGAAGAUGCUUCAGGAAAAGAAGAGCAAAAGAUGCCAAAGGCAAAGGCAUGAAGGGGGUGGAUCUAAAAUCGGUACAGCUAUUGGGCUCAUCUUACAAGGAAAAGGUGCAACCUGACAUGGACGAGUUAACUGAAAAUGCUGAAGAACCGGACGAAGGGGAAAAACCCGAAGUUCAAAAACUAGGAAAACUGCAAUAUAAGCUUGAGUACGACUUCAAUCAGAACAGUUUAUCUGUCACUGUUAUUCAAGCUGAAGAAUUACCCGCACUUGAUAUGGGUGGUACAUCUGAUCCUUACGUAAAGGUGUAUCUUCUUCCUGAUAAGAAGAAGAAAUUCGAGACCAAAGUCCAUCGAAAAACCUUGAAUCCCGUGUUCAAUGAAACUUUCUGUUUCAAGAGUAUACCAUAUGCUGACGCCAUGAACAAGACUCUUGUUUUCGCCAUAUUUGACUUCGAUCGUUUUUCCAAGCACGACCAAAUUGGAGAGGUUAAAGUUCCAUUGUGUACCAUCGAUCUGGCUCAAACUAUUGAAGAAUGGAGGGAAUUGCAGAGUGUAGAAGGAGAGGGAGGACAGGAAAACAAGCUCGGAGACAUAUGCUUCUCUUUGAGAUACGUUCCAACAGCCGGUAAACUGACUGUCGUCAUUCUGGAAGCUAAGAACUUGAAGAAGAUGGACGUCGGGGGCUUAUCUGAUCCAUACGUGAAAAUUGCGCUCAUGCAAAAUGGAAAGAGGCUCAAAAAGAAGAAAACCAGUAUUAAGAAAUGUACUCUCAAUCCAUACUACAAUGAAUCAUUCACCUUUGAAGUACCAUUCGAACAAAUACAGAAAGUGAAUUUGGUUGUGACUGUGGUUGAUUACGACAGAAUCGGUACAUCUGAACCCAUAGGAAAAGUCGUGUUGGGAUAUAACGCAAGUGGAACAGAGCUACGACACUGGUCUGACAUGUUAGCUUCUCCCCGUAGGCCUAUAGCUCAAUGGCACACCCUUAAGGACCCUGAAGAUGAAAAGAAGGAUUAAACAAUCCAAGUUCAGCCUACUGUUAUUCGCAGGUUAGCGUGAUGAAUCUCUUACCUGCUUCAAACUUAUCAUCUUUAUGACUUACCUACCUAUAUAUCUUAUAAAUUAUAGGUGUUCUACCCCAUGAGCGUUUGAUUAUUGUCGUUAUUGAUUGAUUUUAGAUUCUGGCUUCCGAUACAUAUAGAAACAGUAGAUCAGAUUGUUACGGUUGGAAAAUGUGAAUUGGUCGUGAAUUUUUCAUCUUUCUUUAGUUUUCUUUACGCGGAACCAAUGGAAUUUUCUUUGUCUUGAUACAGAUAAAUCGUAAAAGGGAUUCAAGUAAUCAAUGAAAUGAUGUUCAAUAUAAAAAUUUUCUUCGAUUAUCAUUCUAGU